GGUGGUUCGGAACAUGCACUACCAAUAGUGAUAUCCGAGAUUCAACCCGGCCAACCUGCUCAUCGAUGCGGUCAGAUCUUUGUUGGCGAUGCAAUUCUGUCAGUAAACGGGUACGAUCUUCGAAAUGCCAAACAUCAAGAAGCAGUUGAAAUUCUUAGCUCUCAGCAAGGUGAUCUGCAUAUGGAAGUUGUUUAUGUGGCUCCCGAAGAGGACUCUGACGACGAUGGUACGGUGUUGAUCGAGGAUGCCGACGGCCGAAUCUAUAACAUGUACAACAACUCAGUGGAAGAGCCGUCAUCCAGUCGAUCGUCGACUGCAUCGCAUCAAAACUCAGAGUGA